UUCUAACAAUUAUUGGACAUCAUAGAUGGUAUAUGAUUCCGACUCCGACUUUGUCAUUAGACUCGGUACUGCCAUCGCUUGCAGUAUUGAGAAACCUUCAAACACUGCGCGUAGAGAGGUGCGAAUUCAACUGUGAUGUAUCUGUCAUUGGGGAGCUAAAGACACUCAUGGUACUCAGUCUACGUGGAUGUCGGGGACUCAAGCAAUUGCCUCAUACAUCUAAAAACUUGUCUGAUCUGAGACUGCUUGAUUUGACGGAUUGCUACAAGCUUGAAGUAAUCUCACCAGGUGUGAUAUCAAGUUUAACAAGACUAGAAGAAUUGUACAUGUUGGAUAGCUUUGAAAAUUGGGAGGUUGAGAAACUAGCCUCCACCGAAACAACCGAGUGGAUCUCUAAAUUGGAGGAGGCUGAGCAGGAAAGAGCUGCUGCUGGAUCCCAAGGAGUGGACUCAGACUCAGAAGCAGAAACGACAGUGGACACGUGGAAGGGAUGGAACAGAUUGGCGGUUGAGCAACCAGCAAAGGUAGGAAAGCAAUUUAGAGUAGAGGUUCGAGAUUUGAUAACCAAGGAGGAGUACACAAGGUGGGCUAACUCGAUGGAGUGGAACACUGGGAUACUUGCAGAGCUGCUUUCCUUGUCCCGUUUGACUACUUUACAAGUUGUUCUACCACCGGUUAAUAAACUGCUAACUACCAGUCUCUUUAACAAGCUUGAAAGAUUUAAGAUAUCUAUAAGAUGGAUGGAGCAUAUUUCUUAUGAGGAACUAGAGGAGGAGCAGAGUGGCAACUACUUGAGAGUUCAAGAUCUUGAUGUACGCGUUGCUGUGGGUGGUGGAGUCACUUCGUUGCUAGAGAAAGCUAGCCAUGUUGAGAUUAAAUUGACUCAGCCUCAACUUCUGAAUGUCUUGGAUAGAGUCUGUUUCCGAAAGACGAAGCGUCUUAAGUUCCAGGAAUGUAACGAUGUGGAGUAUCUGAUUGACACUACUACUACUACACAUAGCAGCAGCGCCAUCUUUCCUGUCUUGAAUUCACUGGAGAUUACUAAGGCAAGGAGGCUGAAAGUGAUUUUUCAUGGUGAACUGCCAACGGGGUUUCUCAAGCAACUACGUGCAUUGAUAUUAUUCAACCUACCAGCAUUGACCUGUAUUUGGAAGACCAACGGUCGAUCUCAACAUGAUAACGAGGAAGUGAUCAACUUCCAAAGUCUGACAGAAUUAUGUCUCUCAGACUUACCAAGAUUCACUAGUAUAACAAAAUAUGCCUCUAAGGGGACGGAGAGGCUACCAGAAGACAGCAGCCCGGAACAAUCUGACAUCACUAUACUAUCUCUGUUCGACACCAAGGUUCAUUUCCCAGUCCUGACAGAACUACGCUUGGGCUCCAUGAACUUCAAAGAGAUAUGGAACAACCAAUUUUCAGCAGAAUCCUUUUGUGAGCUAAGAAUUCUACGGGUAGAGCGAUGUCACGAACUGUUGCAUUUGGUACCAACACAUAUGCAAAAUAGAUUGCAGAAAUUGGAGUACAUAGAAGCUUGGCGCUGUUCAUCACUUAAAGAGAUAUUUGAAUUUAGAAGAUUGAUUGUUGAUGAUGAAGGGGAUGCUACAACAAUUUCUGAGUCAGGAGAUCAAGGGGCGCAAAUAAACAAGAUGAUGUCUUUCAAACAAUCUUGUCAAGCCUUUCAGAAUCUUAAAAAGAUAUUGAUUAAGCGUUGCGACAGUUUGAGAACUCUGCUCUCUCCCUCAGUUGCUAGAGGUCAAACACUAAAGAUAGAAAAGUGCAGGAAGAUUGAAGAGAUAGUAGCAGCACCAGCAGAGGGUGAAGAAACAGAGGAUGACAACUUGUUCCCUCAGCUACGUACUCUGGAACUUAAGGUUCUACCAAAUCUCGGAAGCUUUUCACAAGGCAAAUAUAAUUUCAAAUGGCAACUGGUGAAAGACAUCACAAUCCUCUACUGCAAGAAUAUGGAGAGGUUUUGUUUAGGAUCCCUCAGCACACCGAAGGAAGUGAAAAUUAGUGUCGAAGAUGCUGGUGAGAGUGUUUCGCUGGAGCUCAAUGACAGUAGACAAGAAAUCUGAUCAAUCAGGGUAUGCGACUGCAUUUCUACUCUCGUACGUUCAACACUCUCAUUUGUGUUUUAAUUAAUUGGAAUCCAGUAAUUGUAGAAAACUUGAUGAGGUCAGUGAAAAAUUGGUGAGUACUAACUAUAGGCUAAAGGUCAUGAUCAUAAACCCUCCACCACGUACGUGACUAGUGAACAUAGUCGGAUAACCCUUUUCAUCUUCGAAUUCGUUAGGGAAAAUUACUAAGCUGUUCGUGUAGCUAGUUCGAGCCUUUUUCAGUUACGUAGGGACUCAAGGGAGCUGUAUCAGAAUCCAGUGGAUGCCAAGGUCCUUGUUUUGAUUGUAAGACCCGAUUACCCUGUGUCAGUGAUCGAAUACAAUGAUGUUGCC